UUUCAUCCAACAUACGGCCGUUUCUCUGCGUUGCUAGGUGUAUGCGCUAAGCGUCUUACUUGUGGUUACUAUGGCUACCAGUCUCAAACUAGUCCGUUAGUUGCGUUGCUAGCGCGUCUGACAAAUUUGCGUUUUCUUUUCACAAACUUUAUUCUCCGUCUUAAGUAUAAUUGUAGUUAUUUUGACAGAAAAGUGUCGCGACAGUUUUAUUCCCGGAAGUGAGCUGUGUGAAUGAGGGUCACAGGCAAACUGGAGCCUAUCCCAGCUGACUAUGGGCGAGAGGCGAGGUACACCCUGGACAAGUCACCAGAUCAUCACAGGGCUGACACAUAGACACACACAACCAUUCACACUCACAUUCACACCUACGGUCAGUUGAGAGCCACCAAUUAACCUAACCUGCAUGUCUUUGGACUGUGGGGGAAACCCACAUAGACACGGAGAGAACAUCCGCACAAAGGCCCCCAUCAGCCGCUGGGCUCAAACCCAGAACCUUCUUGCUGUGAGUUAUUGUCGGGAACAAACUGGAGCCCUUGUGUUUAUCAGACCGUGGAUACGUGAGCUCUAGAAACUGUCCAGAGAUGGGGGACGUCUUGGCAAAUGAAGCAGAUUUCUUACUGAUGAUCAGAGAAUACCUGGAGUUCUGUGAGCUCGAGGAAACACUGAAGAUAUUUGAGAAGGAAUGCAAGAGCAAAGGAAAACCUGUGCCAAAAAUAUACAGCAGUUCAGCCGAAGACUCCAAACCAUCAACCGUACAGAAAGAUCUGCUCAGCUCAUUUGAUGAUGGAGACAUGAAGGCUUUCUUCGAUCUAUGGACAGAAAACGUGCCUGAACACGUCCGUGACAGUGACCCUGCUGUACAGAAUCUGGAGUUCUACCUCUACAUUCACUUUGCCAUCUAUCCACUGAAGAACGCUGUUGGAAAGCAGGAUCAGGCGGAGUUUGAUGAGCGAAUCAGUCAUUUUAAAAACUUCUUGGAGACUAGAGGAGCCGUGCUGAGCCAAACCACGGAGUUCCUGCCGUUUUACGCUCUGCCUUUUGUUCCCAAUCCUGCAGCACAUCCAUCCUUCAAGGAGCUCUUCCAGGACUCCUGGACUCUAGAUUUAAGACAAAAGCUUGAAAAGGUUUUGGUCUCAGCCCUGAAAGUAUUGGGUACACCGAGGCUGCUCACAUUAUACAGAGAGAGCACAAACAGCAACAGAGAGCAUAAGAAGCAGCUAGCUGAAGCAGAGAAGCAGGUUUCUGCGUACAUGAAGAAGUUCAGUAAGAUCCAGGCUGAUUAUCACAACCUCAUCAGCCUGACUGCUGAACUGGUGGACUCACUUGAGGCUACUGUCACUGGGAAAAUGUUUUCCCCUGAGUAUCUGCAGAGUAUAUGUAUGCGCCUCCUCAGUGGACACAUGAGCCAGAGUGCUGCUCAUAGCAUCGAUUUUACGCGGCCUGGAACAGGAUAUUACUCUAUGACUCCUUAUGAUGAUGGAUAUGCCUCAUCCAUGUUACGAGCGUCCAUUGCAGCACAGAGGAGUAAAGACGUCCAACUGCCGCCCUCACUGGACUAUGACAAGCUGAAGAGGGAUCUGAUCAGCGGAUCAGACCGACUGAAAGCUCUGCUGCUGCAGGCCCUGCGCUGGAGGUUGACACACUCAGUACAGGGUGAGCAGAGAGACAUGGUUCUACAGAUCUUCAUCAGUAACGACCUGUUAAACUGCUGCACCACUAAACAGAAAUCCGUGAUUUACCUCAUCAAGUCGAAGAAUGAGGCAGUGAGGCAGUACACAGCUCGCCUCCUUAACACCUUCGCCUCCCUGUCUGAGGGUCGUGUGUAUCUGUCUCAGUGUUCCUUUCUGCUGAAGCUGUUAGUUGAAUGUUUGCAGUUGGAGGAGAAGGACUCUGUGACCAGAGAGAAAGUGUUGGGGACGCUGCAAAAACUCAGUCUCAGACGGGUCCAUCAGUCAGCUCUGAUCAGACUGGGCCUAAUAGCAUGGCUGGUUGAUGAGCUACAGGACUCGGACUCUUUAUCAGAUUACUCAGUGGAGUAUGCUGUAACUCUGCUGAUGACUCUGUGUCUGCGCACUGAGGGAAAAAGAAAAUGCACAGAAAAAGCCAAACAUGUGCUGAAGGUUCUGACUGAUCUUUUGGGACAUGAAAACCACGAGAUCCGGUACUAUGUAAAUGGAGCUCUUUACAGCAUCCUGAGUGUUCCAACAUUACGACAGGAGGCCAAAGAAAUGAGUUUGGAGGAAAUCCUGUGCUGUUACAUGAAAGAGGAAAAUCCUGAACUGAACAGACAGAUGGAAUUCAUCAUCAAACAGCUCAACUCAGAGGAAACACCCAAAGAUGAGCUGGAGUCGGGGGAUGAAGAGGAGGAUGAAGAGGAUGAGGAGGAUGUGACCGAGCCAGAUCUGGAUAAAGAGGAAGAUCUUCAGCCUCAGGCUAAAGAGCUCUGUGGAGAACACUUACUGACUACAGAGUAUCUGGCAAUUAUGCCCAACAUGGCGAAGAUGAAGAAGUGGAGUGCACAUGCUUCUCAGAGUACAGACGAGCCUCUCAGGAGACCUGUUACACCAAACUCGUACAGAAACUCUGUAGUUGCCCCUGACAGACUUGACUCAUCCUUCAAUUCUCGCCCAAGUACCAGUGACUCCUUCCGCCGAACACUGGACGGAAUCUGGCGCUCUUCUCAGGAAUCAAUAGGAUCGGAGAUGAACACUCACUCACACAGUGAUGUCACCAGCAGCUUCACUGGCCGACCCACAAUCCCACACUCUGCUGGUGCUGAAGUAGGGGACAGGGUCUUCCGGAAACUCCGCCCACUCGGCCCAGAUUUCUCCCACAGAGAACCACAACAGAGCAUCCGUAAACCACACAGCGCUACACAUACAUCACACAGUGCACAUUCAAACAGGAAGUGAAGAGAAGCUCUGCUGAUGGACAAGCAGCUUCCUGUAACAUCAUUCCUCCGUCUUAUCAGGCCAAGAUGGAUGAAUGCAGGAGGAACAAAGCUGCUGUUUGUGGUGUGCGUGCUGUUUCAGGCUGACUGAGCCACUGUGUAACCCAACACCACAAUAACACCUUUAUCAGCAGCACCGCAGACUCCGCCCCCUCACCUUCACUCUGCUCACUCCUUACACUGCAGAGCUUUGCACAACACCUCGUCACUUUAAAGCUAGACAGCCUUUCAGUUUCAGAAAAUCGGUGAAAUUUAAUUCCCUUUGAAAUGUGGUCAUUGUGAUGUAUGUUUAUUUCUGUAUUAUCUUUAAAAAAAAACUCAGGCCAUUCUGUGGCUGGGAAGUUAUUUAAUUUGAGGGGAUUCCUGAGAAAAUAAUGUGCAUGAAAUCACUUCACGCAGUCAAGCAGACAGAGGAAGUCCAUGUGCGUACAGUAUGCGCAGGUUUACCGUCUUCUUCUUUUGGGUUUUACGGCAGCUGGCGUCCACAGUGUUGCAUUACACACACCUUUGACCUUGGUUUACCUUUGACCGUGCACUGAGAGUCGCAUCAUUCUGUCGCUAAACGAACAGCUGAUCACACCGAGGUGCUCGCUGACCACCGAUAUUUAUUAGUUUGGUCCUGCGUUUCCUUUCCUUCGCAACAUAACGUCUUCUCACUUUCCGUUACUGUAGUCGGUCUUUCACAUUUCAUUCACACACACAUCCUCCAUUUUCCUCUCCUGUUUCCAAUUUGUAUCCCACAAUGCCUUGCGCGAACGGGGAAAGCCCACCACAUGAUGCACGACGUAUUAUCUUGAAUUGGGUCAUGGUGAAGCAGGAAAAAAUAGCGGAGAAUUUAGGGCCAUGUGGCUCUAAAUUCAUUAAUUGUUGUAUUUAAAAAAAAAACUAAUAAAAUUGGAAGUCUGUGAUUUGAAUUCAGUAGCUUUCGGUCCACUAAACAAAAAUAACUGGGUGUCGGGGAAAAUUCUUUUAAUGACCUACACUUGAAAAAUCUGAAAGGCAGUCUACCUUUAAUAAAGGAAACAUUUCAA